AUGGCCUCAGGCGAACCGCGGCCUGCCGCCGGGGAUCUCCCGAUCUUUUCUCCGCUCGGCUUCUCCAACUUACAACAAUCCAGAUCCAAGACCUCCACGAAAUCAUCAUCACGCUCGACUGCGACCGGACUCAUCCAAUGGUCCCUCCAACAAGGGCUCUCAACCCUGACAGCCCUUUCGCUGAGCGAUACAGACACAGCAACAACAUCCGAAUACAGCAGCGCUCAGCACCGAGAAACCUCCCCCACGCGAACCCCGAUCGAUAACUACGCCCAUCCAUACACCAUCCCACCACCACCACAUCACAAUACCACACCAAAAGACCGCAAAAUGACCUACCACUCCACCCCCUCAACCCCCUACCACCACUCCUCCGCCGCCACCUCCUCCACCCAAGCAACAUUCGCAACCCCUCUAACCCAAAACACCGCCCCCGUGAUCAAACACCGCUGCCUCUUCACGCACGACACCCGCCGAAAGGCCAAACGCUGGCAAGACGGGUACCUGCGCUACCACACCUUCAACAAACGGAUCAUGGCCUACGACACGAGCGGGAACUUCAUCGGGGAUCUGCAUUGGCGGCAGGAGGAGGCCCCCCAGGAGGGGGAUGAGGUUGAGUUGGAUCGCGGCGUGUUGGUGCAGGUUUGUGAGGCGGUGGGGAGGUCGGAGACGGAUUUGAGUGGGAUUCUUCCUGCUGCUGGAGGAUCUUCUGCGGCGGGGCAGGGGGUCUCUGUGGGGGAGGGGGGAGGUCUGGGUCUGGGUCUGGGUCAGGGUCAGGGUUUAGGGAGGGGCAGGCAAGGGGUUGUCGCUGCGUCGCCGUCGCCUUUGAGGUCUAGGGAUACUGUUCGUUCUGUAUCGGGGGUGCACUCAGGGAAUGGGUCUCAGCUGUCGAUGCGCUCGUUGAAUGAUUUACUGGGGAUUCGGAAGACACUUGGUGCGGGGACUGCGGCGACGUGGAAUGUACAUGGUCGCGAUGGGGAAAUGUCCGCUACGCGCGCGGCGAAACGACCGAGGGUGGAGGCGCAGCAGCAGCAGCAGGCGCAGGCGCAGGGCAAGCUUCCCUCUCGUCGACCGGCUCAGCCCCGGUUAUCGGCGGUCAUUGAUUUGACGGGCUCGUCGACCACUUCCGCUGCGUCUAAGCCGGCCCGACCGCAGCUCCACGAUGCAUCGGCGAGGAACGAUGCUGGUGAGGUCUCCCGGGAGGGUGAGAGCGGUACCUCACAGGUACAAGCAUCGCGCGGGGUUACCAGUAAUCCUCAGCUGCAAGCAUCCAAACAGCACAGCAAUCCUCAGCUGCAAUCGCGCAGCGGCAGUGGCAUUCCACCACCGCAGCCAUGCCCUCCCAAACCAGACGAACCGCCCGUGCUCCUCCGACUCUCCACCAGCAAACCCCGCAAGAAGCUGAUGUACUCGGCCUUACUCCCCGGCGGUGGACAGAUCGUCAAGCCAGCGUCAUCUGCUUCUGUAGCACCAGCACCAGCACCAGCACCACCAUCCAGAAACAACAAACCCUCCGUACCCCCCUUACAACCAACCAGCACAACCCCCUCCCCCGCAAUUAUACCAAAAAGCCACGACUUCGCCCCCUCAACCUCCACUCAAGCCAUCCUCAAUGAGCUAACCGAUCUACCCGAAUCAACAACCACCCCGGCAACGACUACAACGACAACAAGACCACAGCCCCACCGGCCCCUUCAUCUGCACCACCACCACCCCACCAAAUCCAGCCCCAACCCAACGACCCACACCAGCCUCCGCAAAUCCUACUCCGACCCCACAGCCCUCACCAGCACGACAUCCACGGGCCACAAAACAAACCCGGACCCCUCCCCCUCCGAUCAAGGCCCCUGGACCCGCGAAGCCCUGGAUUUAUUUGAGUUUUGGCCCGCGGGGCGAGUGAAACCCGUUUAGCGAAGGCUUUUCGUCUUUAUGGAUGGUCGUGUGUGCGGGAGAAAGUCCGCACAACGGAAGAAUCGGACGUCCAGGAGCGGGAAGUGAAGUACUGUAUGCGACAUGAUGGGAGGACUGGUGACUCCGGCCGGGACGAGCCUUUGUCCACAUCCCGAGAACGGAUAUGCUCUAGGUAACCAAUAUGGUUAAACCACACACACCCCGGGAGGAAAG